CCAAAAAAAAAAAGGAAGCCUGGAAGAGAACACCACAGAAGGACCAAAACGAAACGUGCGUCUCUUUCCCUCUCGCUCUUUGUGUUUGUGGUGAUGUGAAAACAAAAGUGAAACUUUAAGGAGAAGAACCCAAAGUAUAUACAAAACUCGGAACCAUCAAGUGCAGUUGUUUGACACCAAGUUUAAAAGGAUUUUCUAUUUUUGCGCCUUCUCCAAAGUGCUUUGUGUGUGUGUGUGUUAGUGUGCCAGUAAGUGUGUGUUUGGCAAGUGCAACGAAAAAGUUAUCCACUUGAAGCGAAUGCAUAUAAUACUUAAAGAUUUCAAGACAUUUGAUUGAUUGUACAUUGCAAGAGUUUAUAUAUAUAUCAUUUUGGCCAUGCUUAGGGCCAGGCCGAAACGUAUGCGCCAUAAGCCCCUUUGGGCUUUAAUAUCCUUGACCGUAUUGCUAUUGGUUUUGCCGGAUAAGAGUAAUGCCAAUACAGAAACCGUUGAGACAACAACAACCACAGCGGAGCCAGAUGCUUCGCCUGGUUGUCGUGCACCGGAUGUACGCUUUACCAUCAGCAAACCGGAAAUGACCACCGAGCAGCCGUAUGCGAAAUUUGAGACCACUCAGGUAUAUCUGCCAGAGGAUUUCACCACAGCCGAUGUGGAAUUUGUCGAUUCGAUUGGUGUAGCCCGACAUCCCAGCGAGAAUCAUGCAGCAAUUGUGAAUCCCUAUUCCAUUGAUUUGGGCGAAGGAGAGGGCGGUAUGCAUUCCGCUAGCCUGGUGGCCGAUGACGAUGUGGCCGAUGAUGAGGCCGACGAUGACACAGAUGAUGGGGCCGAUGAUGAAGGUGGUCGACGCCACGUGGGGGAGGAUGGCUCCUACAAGCGUCUCAAUAGCAAUCGCAAACAGGGCAAGAAGCGACGUUCCGGUUCCGGUCGUCGUCGCCGCAUCGAAAAUGAGAAUGGACAAACUGGACGUGGUCGUGGCAGUCGUUAUAAGCGUCAUGCCAUAUUGCAUGAUGCGGAGGCUUCACCGGAUACAGAUCGUUGGUCUGGCAGUAAAUUGGCUGCCGAGGGAGAUGUCUACUAUGUCCAUAUAGCAGAUAUACUGAAGAGUCGAGAACCGAAUCGGGAGUUGCGUUCCAAGCUCCACAAAUUGAAGCUGAAGGCCAGGAUGGCCAAGUGCAUGGCCAAGGAGGGAGCCACCAUGGAAAUGUGCCAGAAGCUAAUAAAGACCAAGAAGCAGCCCAAGCCCAAGAAGGCAAAGGAAGAUGAGAUGAGGCAAGGGACGAAAGAUAAUGCUCAUCAUCAGACACAUCAUCGCCGCCGUGGUGACAGUCACGAUGCAGAGCUCGACCAGCGUGACAUCACUGCGCGUUGGCGUCGCAGCAGCAGCAGCAACAACAACAACAGCUCCAUCUCUAGCCAGGCCAAAGGGGAUCCCGGACAGCUGCUGCUGCAGGAGGAGGACGAGGAGGAGAAUCAUCAAUAUAAUAAUCAGUCGAGCAGUGCAGCAGUGGCCCUGCAACGUGUAAAGCGCAAGUCGGGCAAGACCACGGGUGCACUGAGCCGUCCGAAAGGCGGUGGCGAUUCCAGUUCAAAGACCACCAGCCGCAAGGAUAAGGGCAUCUAUGAGGAGGAUGGCUAUUCACCUGUGCACCCCGAUGACCCUGAAUUCGAUGAGGAUGAGGAGGAGGACGAGGAAGUGGAUAUAUUGCAACAAUUUACCGAAGUAUCAGAGAUACGUUUUCCUGGUGAAAUUGGACCCAUGGGGGAUAGACGUUUGUGUAAAAUACGCUGUGUCAAGGGCAAGUGGGUGGGUCCAUUGUGCGCCACCAAUGAAGAGGAUGACAAUGGAAAUGUGAAAUUUCAGCCUUUGUAUAAAAGUUGCCAUGUGAAUCGCAUACCAUCACAUCUGCUGCUCAGCUAUCGGAAUAUCUCAGUGAACGUUGGCUGGGAUCUGCCGCAUGGUCAUUCCCUUCAGGCACGAUGUGCGGAAUUGGGCAUCUAUAAGCUAUUGGGAGAAUCCAGGGUACUUUGCUCGAAUGGCUUGUGGGCUCCUCGGAUGCCCAGCUGUGUGCCCACCACAGUGUUGACCAACUAUUCGGAGGACAGUGCUCCCUCGAUAAGGAUUAAAGUGUUGAAUGGUUCGCAUUCGUUUGAACCGUCGGGAGUGAUGGCUGUGCCGCCGCAUACUACAGUAUUGCUCGAUUGCAUGUAUCCGAGGGUAAGAGGUACCCCCGAAUGGAGUUGGACCAGCUGGUAUAUGCAGUAUUCCACAGGCUGGUCACCUGCUUUGGAAGAAAAAGCCGUACGCUAUCGUUUGAGCAUCAAGAACAUCGAGAAUAAUGAUUCUGGGACAUUUACCUGCACUUCGCCGCGUGGUUUGACCAACAGUAUUGCUGUCGUGGUGGCCACUUCGAUUUGCCCGCAGCUACCAGAGCCGCUGUCGCCGCUAAAAUUACGCCUUGAGGGCAUUAAGCUUGGCCAGCGGGCCUAUUAUGAUUGCCCCGAAGGCUUUCGGUUGGAUGGCUCGUCGAAUGCCACCUGCCUGGCCUCCGGCAAUUGGUCAUCGCCAUCGCCAACAUGCCAUGCCAUCCAAUGUCCACGUUUGAUGCUGGACGAUCCACAUCUCAGUUUGAUUGAGUUAAAUACAUCGGCAUGGGGGCGAGCGGUGUUCAAAUGCCAAUGGGGCUUCAAAUUAACUGGACCGGCGCAGCUGGACUGUGAGCCGACGGGCGUCUGGAGUGGCCCCGUUCCACGUUGCAAGGUCAUUCAGUGUGUGAUGCCUGUGGCACCGCUUAAUGGACGUAUUGGUGGCACCAGCUUGAGCCAGCGACGUCUUACUGUUGGCGCUUUGGUCACCUUCAGUUGCAAUGACGGCCACACUCUGGUCGGUGAGUCGAGCAUCAUAUGCACGGAGAAUGGAUUUUGGUCGCAUUCGCCACCAUUUUGUAAGUAGACACAGCAAUGUUAAGCUGUACAAAAAACAGAAAAAAAAUAUACUAUAUAUUAACGCUGCAAAAAGUGGGCCCUAACUCUCAGACCUAAAUGUAUUAAUGACUCUUGUGUUGUAUUUCCGCCGAUAUAUCAACGUUAACGAACAAAAAUAAACCACACUCAAAAAAUCGCAAAUCAAAAAUAUCAACAAACUAUACGAAUCUGAAUCGAAUCGAAUCAUCACCAUCAUCCCAUGCAUGCCCAUGUGACCCAAAUGACCACCAUCUUCACAUCUUCAUAUCGAUCUCUCAGGCAAAUCACAGUGCCAGUAUCCAGGUGAUCCGCCCAAUGGUUUAAUUGCGCCACUGAAAUUCAAUU